AGGUUAAUGCACCUCUAGAUGAAGUUUUUUAUGGCAAGUUAUCAAUUUCUGGCAGUUUUCUACCUCUCUAAUCAGUAGAAUGUGACUGUGCAGAUGAAGCUUCUUGUGGUAUGUGCUCCACUGGAAUCAGUUGGAUUACGAAAAUAUCACCUGUGUAACUAAUGGCCCGAAGUAACCAUAAUAGGGAAGAUUCCAAUCCUGAUGUAACGAAUGGAUUUCCCUGCCACGAAAAUGGCAUAACCUUGUGUUCACAUGCAUCUAAACGUAAAAGACUUCAAAAGCCUAAGAUUAUCAAGGAAAAUGAUUCUGCCCAAAUAGUUGUCGAGAAACUGCUAAAAACAGAGAAUUGUGUAAAUGGUGGUAAAAAACCUCAAACAAAGCCCUGUAGAAGAUCAGAACGAAAGAUAAUACCAAGCAGUUUGUGGGACAAUGCAGUAAUAAAUCCUUUCUUUGAGAGGAAAAGAAGAAAGCUCACUGAAUCUCCAAUUAAAUCACCUCCUAAUUUAAAUGGAAGCACCUCCAGCGAUAAAGACAACAAGAUUGCAGAGAACAACCCAAAAAGUAACGGGGUUUCUGCUCACAACGGAUCAGAACUAUUACCAGACAAGUCCUUGGAUACUGAACUCAAUAAUUCAGAGCAAGACUCUGCGGCCUCUCAGUCAGAAGUUUCAAGUAGUAAAGAACUUGGGCCUGGUAUGGUGAAAAAGGUGCCAAAAAGCCCCUUUGAUAAGAACAGUGAUUCAAGUCAGGACAGCCUGGCAGCUGAAACUCAAAGACACGUCAGAUUACGGAGGUCUAGUAGGAAGCAUAGUUCAUCAAUCAGCAGCAUUUCAGAUUCAAAAUACACAAUCAAACAAGAACUUGUACUGAAAAUAAAUGCUCCUGAUCUCGUUGAUGUUGGAGUUGAUCAAGCAUUAGAGUCAAAAAGUGAAGAAGUAGAAAUGGAUGUGCAAAGUGAAUCAACUGAUUGUAAAGAUGAAUCAAUACUGUGUGAUGAGAAAACAUUACCACUUCAAAAUGGCAAUUGUAAUGAACAUGAAACAGAGUUGGAACAUGAUGAAGACAGCAAAGGAACUGUGAUGGAACAAGUAGCUCAUGCAGAGAAAGAUGUUAGUCCUGAAAAAAUUGUGACAAACAAAAAGAUGAGUCCCUUGAGAAAGGUGAUUAACAGCAAGGUCAGCCCAGUAAAGGAGUUAGUCAACAUGAAAAUAAGCCCCGCUAAAGUAUCUAACCUUCCAUAUCAACACGUUUCAGGAUGUGAGGAGCAUUACAAAUCAGUAGAUGACGAGAUUGAGAUAAAAACACCUGUCACUGAUCUCUCAGAACCUGUACCUGCCUUAACCUCAAACUCUGAGUUUGUGAAAUAUUCAGAUGUCAAAAUGAGGCCUCCAGAAGACAAAGCUGACAUCUCAGAUAAUGAACUGAAAACUCCAGACAGUGAUGUCAAUCAUUUGGAUGAUGAGCUUAAGAUACCUGAUCACAUGUUAUUUGAGUCUGAUGACAGAGUUUAUGUUGAUUCUCUGGGGAGACGAGGAAAGAAAAGAGGAAGACGCUCACGUCAAAUCAAGGCAGCGUUGGACCGUUCCGAGUCAGAAGAGAGCGCCUCAGCUGGUCCAAUAACCUCUGGUAUUUCUGGGCCAGAAACUCGUGAUAAAACCAAAACUCCUGACAAUGAGAUCACCAUUUCCAAAGACGAUAUCAACUCUAAGGAGGCAUUGCAAUUGAUUGAUGGGUCGUCUUUCCAAAGAUUUUACAAGAUGAGAACAAGGAGACAAAACUCCUCCAAUGAGCAGACACCAGGUACCUCACCAGUGCCCAACCCCACUCCUAGUACCACGCCUCUUGUAAAGAGAAGAUCUUCGUCCCGCAGUAAUAGCAGUAACAGUAAAAACAGUGAGGAGACACCUGCUGUUUCUGGUGAUGCGAAGAAGCGGCCGAAACAUGUAAAGCCGGAUAUUCUGUGUAGUUUCUGUUUGCAGACGGAAGAUGAAAGGGGAGAGGAAAUGAUAUCUUGUUGUUUAUGCGGAGCAAGUGGACAUCCCUCAUGUCUACAAUUCAGUGUAGCUCUGACACAGCGUGUUAAACUCUACCAGUGGGAGUGCAUUGAGUGCAAGAAAUGUGAACUGUGCAGGAACUCUGGUGAUGACGCCACCCUGCUCUUCUGUGAUGACUGUGAUAAAGGAUUCCACAUGAGUUGCCUCAAGCCUCCUCUUAGUGGUGAACCAGACGGACAUUGGAGCUGUUUGUACUGCGUAGAGGGAAGCAACUAUUGGAAAAACAAGAGCUGCAAAUCCAGAAUACUCGAUAAAUCCCGGAAAUCAAGAAAGUCUGACAAGGUAUCUAAACGCAAACAACUCCUCGAUGACCUGGCGAUGUUUCACGAAGCACAAUCCCGAGCUCAAGCAGCAAUGACGGAAGAAGCCAAGUCUGUGGUGAAGCCAAAAAGCUCAAAGAAAAAGGGAACUGGGCCACAUCCACCGACUAUUAAAACUAUUGAGCUGGGAUGCUAUGAGAUAACUGCAUGGUACAGCAGCCCAUAUCCAGCCGAGUAUGCUCAACAGUCUAAACUGUACAUCUGCGAGUUUUGUCUGAAGUACAUGAAAAGUGGCGUCAUCGCAUCCCGGCACACGGCUAAGUGUCCUGCAAGAUGUCCACCUGGAGAUGAGAUCUACAGGAAAGAGACAAUAUCUGUGUUCGAAGUAGAUGGCAGAAAGAACAAGACAUACUGCCAGAACCUGUGCCUGCUCGCCAAACUUUUCCUCGAUCACAAGACCCUGUACUACGACGUGGAGCCCUUCCUAUUUUACAUCCUGACUGAAUACGACAGAAAGGGCUGUCACAUAGUCGGCUACUUUAGUAAGGUCGGUAGCGCAGCUCUCGUAGUUUUGGAGAAGAACUCAUUUCUAAGCUACAAUGUUUCUUGCAUUUUAGUACUUCCCCCUUACAUGAAGAAAGGAUACGGCAAGAUGCUCAUUGACUUCAGUUAUGCGUUGUCGCGGAAAGAAGGAAAGCUGGGGUCCCCAGAGAAACCCCUGUCUGACCUUGGACUCGUUUCUUAUCGCAAUUACUGGAAAGAGAAAUUGCUCGGAUAUUUCAUAAAUUACAAUGAGUCGGAAAUCACCAUAAAACAUAUAAGUCAGACUCUGGGAUUUAACCCAUACGAUAUCGUGAGCACGUUACAAGCUUAUGGUAUGAUAAAAUACCACAAGUCAAAUCACUACGUUCUGAAGAGGCCCGAGAUGUUAUCAGCCUUCAAAAGGAAACAAGCAGCGCACGCUGGACUUCCUUGUAGAAGUAUUGACAUGUCAUAUCUGAAGUGGACUCCACCUCACCAGAGAGACAGCAAGUGACGUCAUAACUCUGCCAAGUGACGUCAUAAAUUAGCAAAGUGGCGUCAUGGGAUUAAUUCACAAUCUACUAGAUCAAAGCAGAUUAGUUCCUCGCAAGCUCCAAAAGAUAUCUUCAAAAACAGUGCUCUUCAUUUUGAGACUUAACGUGGCGUCAUCAAAUCACGUGACAUUAUCACAUGCUAUUUAAUGUGUAGUUAACUAAAUAGGUUGGAGUACGGCUGGCCGUGUUUCUUAAAGACAGUCGAACUGAGAAACAGUUUGGCAUCAGGGAGAUAAGAUCGCUGAGUGAAAACUUGAGUGAACUCCGGAACCUCUAGACCAGAGCUAAUUCCAACGACUGACUUAUAAUUGUUUUUUAUUUGCAUUACAGCGGUGUUUCCAUUUAUUGUUACGACAUUCAAUCACUGCAAGACGCAAGUCACGGUUUGCAGUAAGCGACUUCAUUGUUUGUCUCUUACAACUACAAACUUUGAGUGGUAACCUCGAUUACUCAGAUUAGUUGUUAAAUUAGCUGGCGGUAAAGGGAAUUUAAAAAGAUAUUUUAGUGUUCCAUAAUUUGUAAGCAAGAAGGGAUUUUAACAUUGCAUUCGUAACAUUACAGGAAAUGAGAACUUAGUAAUUUAAAUAAGUACAUGUGGAUGGUGUUAUAAGGGCAGAGGGCGUUAACUUGAUAUAAUACAGCGUUGCCACUUGCCGGGAACAAUUGUUUUGUUUUUUUUUAAUUUCAAGUUAACUCGUGUAAUUGUUAAAAUCUCGCAAGCACCAAGAAAAAUUACAGUACAUUGCAUAGAUUACUUAAAUCAGAAAUGCGGCGUUACACCUUGAAAUAUUUACCAGAUUGUUCUUUUUACUCGUUCAACCCGUGAAUGAAAGCUGUGAUACAACGAUUUGAGUUUGGCAAAUGUAAUAACCAGUUGAUUAAUUAGGUAAUAUUACACUUGAAGUUUAGAUAUCUUAGGGAUCAUCGCCGUUAUCUAUCCAAGAAAUCACAAAAUGUUGAUAGCGAUGAUCUCGCCCAACCCUGAUGAGUUUAUAACCUUGAACUGAAAACCGUGUUGUUUAAAAUACAGUUAUAUAUUAACUUCUUAAUAUGAUCUUUAGUUUUACCUUUGACUGACAUGUAAAAAGUUGUACCAUUGCUUUACUUGGAGCACAUUUGCGUGUAGCUGAAUAUAUUUGUAUAGUGUUAGAGACGUUUACGCCCUACAUUAUCUUGAUUUGAUAAGUUUAGACGUACAAACAAUGUACAUCGGGCAGGUUAGUUUUGACACAAGACAAUAAAUAAUUGGUUACCAGAUCGCUCGCCUCUAUUUAUGAAUAUUUAGAGCUAAUGUCCAAUGCUCAGAAUUCAGAUAGAACAACUAAUGAUCAUAAACCUUAUUUUUACUAGCAAAAAGUGCAUAGCAAGCAGCAAAGUAAUAAAGUUACAGCCUUCACUGUGACACGAAUUUGAUCACGUGUCAAAACAAACCUGACCUGUCUCAUUAGGUAGCUACAUUGAUUAUUUAAAUUUAUAUAUCCAAUCACUGAAACUUAGCAUCGCAUAUAAAUAUAUGUUUGUUCUAGUUACUAGGACCAUUUUCUUGUACUUUUGUACCAUGCUGUUGUGGAAGUGUGUUUGCUUUUGUCCCGGACGCAGCAAAAAUAGUCUUGAACUGUUAUUUGUGCCCGUAAAAUUAUUUGUUAUUUUCACUUAUUCAGUCAAUUAUAAUAAACUUUAA